AUGGACCCAACCACUUUGUCGGCGAUCCUGGAGGCGUUGGACAGCCGGAGGGAGGCUGAGGAACGGAGGAGGGAGGAGAGAUACACGGCUCUUAUCGAGAGGGUGGGGAUGGGGAUGACGUCAGCGGCGACGGGCCCCGUGCUGGUUGCCCCGAAGGCCCGGGCCCAGAAAAUGACGGUGGAGGAUGACCCGGAGGCCUACCUUGUAGCCUUUGAACGGUUGGCUACCACUGCAGCAUGGCCCCGGGAGUACUGGGCGAGCCAACUUGGUCCCUGCUUGAUCGGGGAAGCACAAGCAGCGUACCGGGCCAUGACUGACGACGAUGCCGCCCAGUAUGACCUGGUUAAGCAGGCUAUCCUCCGCCGUCUCAAUAUCACGGGAGAGACUCAUCGGGUCAGAUUCCGGGAGUUCCGGCGACCCCCCAACACCCGGCCCAGGGUGGUAGCCCAGCAAUUAUGCGACCACAUGGCGCAAUGGCUGAACCCCAGUCAGAAAACCGGGAUUCAGAUGGGGGAGGCCAUUGUGAUGGAACAAUUCUGCCAUGUGGUCGGGGCUGAGACGCAGGCAUGGGUACGCCGGCAUAACCCCACGACGCUAGAGCAGGCCGUGGCGUUAGCCGAGAACUACGAGGACUCCCUGGUGUCCGCCCGAACCACCCUGCUGGACUGCCCCCCUCCCUCCGCUGCCAAAGGACCGCCGUCGAACCCUUUUCCCGGACCCAGGGCCGUCAGAUCACCGGCCCCGUCGGGCCACCCGGCCCCCUUACAAUGGAGGCAGAGGUUGGCCCCCAGCUGGGGUAGAAUGGUUCCCCCUGCCCCGCUGUCAUACCAGCAGCGGGACAAAUAUGUACCACCUUUACCCUCUGCCCCACCCGUCUGUUUUAGGUGCCAGCAGCCGGGACACAUUGCCAGAUACUGCCCGGCGGCCAUGGAGUGCGACGUGGCUGCGUGUCACCUGGCGUCUGAGACAGAGCACUAACGGGACGCUCCGGGAUUACGACGGCGGAGCGACUACCCGGAAGUGCUGGUUUUGUUACCCCCCGUGUUUUCCCGUUCCUGGAUUACAAAAGGAAGACAGACUGUUUUUUGUUGUUUGUUUAUUUGGGACUGCAACCCCGUUUCUCUUUAUGUUGUCGGGUUACACAUCGUUGUGUACCCCGGCGGCCCUAUUGUUUAUUUGUCCCUAUUAUUUUUGAGUGCGUUUGGUAACCGGUUUUUAAGGAAAUAAAACCCAAGCGCUUAAUUGAAAAAGGACUGGAGUCUGUCAUUUUGCACCACACCAUCGG